CAUGAUGUGUCCUCCUUUUCUGCUUCUUUGUCCUUCUCUGACUUCUUCGUCUCAUCUUGCUAUUAGAAUACUACACGAAACCCAUAGUAACCUUCCUCCUCUGUCUUAUCUCUCUUCCUCCCAUUACUUUUUUCAACACCUUUCUCUUCAUCACUUCUCCUUCUUUCCUUCCUUGAUUCUGUAAGUACACAUCUUGUGUUCUUCUGAUGAAUCCAGACUUCACUCCUUCCAACACUUAUCCAUUUGCGGAUCCGAAAGUCAGAUUCAGGCACCAUAGUCUUAUGCAAGACUAUCAAGAACUGCAUAUGGAUACUGAAGCAAUGAGAAAGAAGUUGCAAACCAUGCAAGAGAGAAAGGCAACACUAAUGGCCGAAGUCCGAUUUCUGCGGCGGAGGUACAGACAUUUGAGACAAGAGUCCCAGCCUGUUAUGCAGUCACAGGAUGUUAAGAAGAAGGGGACAGGAAGAUCAUCAAAGAAGAUUAAAACGCAGUCAACCCGAGUGGAAGUGUUGUCUCCUAAGCAUGUUUCACUUCCAGACUUAAACCACUUUCAUGACGAAACCAAAACCAAAAAAGUUCCAUUGUUCGACCUAAACCGAAUAUCUGGAGAAGAAGAAGAGGAAGAAAUGAACAAUAAUAGUGAAGAGGUAAUAAGAGUGGAAGAGAGCAGUUCAUCAUGUAAGAGAAUGAGCAGCUCGGAGAUACAACAGCAGCAGAAAGAGAUGAAGUUAUCGUCUUCUUGCAGAAAUGGAGGAAAGAGUUCUUCACAUAAGAGGAAAAUAUCAUGGCAAGAUCCUGUUGCAGCUCUUAGAGUCUAAAAGAGAUCAUCAUCAAUGUCAAGUAUCUUGUAACAUAGCUCUCACACAUCAAUUUAGUCUAUCUUCUCCGUUGAAAACAUAUCAUAUUUGUCUUGAAGUGGCGACUUAUACUAGUGAGACAUUUGUAUCCUGAACAUGUGUCCUUACACGAGUAAACAAAACCUACGGAAGUGAUCUAAAAGUUCAGGAUCAAGAUCUACAACUGUCAGAAAGUGUUCACACGUGUACGAAGUGAGACAUUUCGUGUAAACUUUAAAUUCAUUACGGAACACAAAUACAUGAUCUUGUUUUCUGAAACGUAACAAGAAUAAAGAUAGAAAAAAAAAAGAGCAAAAAAACUUUAUGGUUCUGAUUUGCUCCAGAGAUAUUUAUGUUCUGUAAUAAA